AUGGAGGCCGCAGUACCACAAACUAAAUGCUCUCCAAAAGAAGAAGAAACACCCGCAGAUUAUAGCAACCAAUGCAACCAGCACUCUAAGGUUGUGAAGGAGACACUAGUGUGCAGGCGAACGUAAGAGAUUAGAAGUUGACUCAAAGAAGUACGAUGGAAGUAGCCUCCAAAUAUAGAUUGAGGCAAGCCACCACACAAAGCUGAGGCUUAUCGGAGAAAAACAAUAAAAUACCAAGAGGAGCCCAUCUUGGUCCGUCUGAACAAGGAAAAGGUGACACUCGAGAAAAGGAAAAUGCAUCAACAUCAAAAGCACUCACGUCAGACACCUGAUAAAAGAAAAGGAAAUAGAAGAGCAAGAUAAGCUGGACCAAACAUUGUAGCAAAGACAAAAGGGAAGUCGAACGAACAGGUGUUAAAAAAUGCAGCACUAACGGGACAUCGAGUGAAAGAUUAAUACCCCGAAUCCAUUGACAGACCCGAGGACUUCUACCUGUGGGAACACCCUGUAAAGGAUUAUGCGCAGCAGCAGGAAAUCAACUAUUUGAAAGCCACAAAAAGGAGCAAGGCAAUAAUAUCAGCGGGCUCACCUGCAACAGGGGCACCGACGGGGCACCUAACACACACAGAGGGUGUAAGGAGAAAACACAGCAGGAAACACUGCAGGGUGCCAUUAAAACUGGCAGACAAGCGAGCAACAUAA